GUACAGAGCGAAGGGACACAUGCUGGAUCAUGGAUAAAUAAAACCUGGAAUAAAAUAAAUUGUAAUUGUUUUUUAAGAAAACGAAGAAAUUCACAAGAAAAAGGAAACAUGACACAGAAGAAGGUGUCACCUGAAAAUUUGCCUCCAAGCUACGAAGAGGCCAAUGCAGGAUGUCCGGGUUACAGCGAUGGGGCGUUUUUAUGGGACGAUAUAAACAUCAGACGUGUUUUCAUCCGAAAGGUUUAUAUGAUUUUGAUGAUGCAGCUGUUUCUUACUCUGAUUGUUGUGUCUCUUUUCACGUUUUAUGACCCAGUGAGGUUUUAUAUUCAGACUCAUCCGGCACUUUACUCCACAUCCAGCCUCCUGUUUCUUUUCACUUAUUUGAUGUUGGCAUGCUGUGGAGAUUUAAGGAGGGAAUUUCCCUGGAACCUGGUUCUCCUCUGUGUCUUUACUCUGUGCAUGGCGAUCAUGCUGGGUUUUAUUUCCAGUUACUAUGACACAAGGUCUGUGGUUGUGUGUCUCUGCAUCACGACUGUGGUGUGUGUGUGUGUCACCAUCUUCAGCUUUCAGACCAGGCUGGACAUCACAAUGUUCCAGGGCCUUCUGCUGAACCUCUGCCUGGUUCUUCUCGUCUCCUCUCUCCUCAUGGGAGUCAUCGUUCUAUUCGGAUUUGUUCCGUGGUUACACACACUUUACGGGAGUUUGGGCGCCUUUACUUUCACAAUGUUUCUGGCGUUUGACACUCAGUUGUUGAUGGGGAACAGACAGUACGCUCUGAGUCCUGAGGAACACGUCUUCGCCGCUCUCACGCUCUACCUCGACAUCGUUUAUAUUUUCAGUCAUAUUUUACAGCUGUUUGGAAACAAUGAAUAAAUCAAAUUAAAAAGAAAUAAAAUCUAAUAAAACAAACAAAAAAAGAUUAAGGACUAAAUCAUGGUUUUAAAAAAGGCUGGGACAUUUCUCCCAUUAUGUAGCAUCCCUUCAUCUUUUACCAACAAUAUACACAUAUACAUCUGGAACUGAGGAGAGCAGUUGCUGAAGUUUUAGGAGAGGAAUGUUGUCCCAUGUGCUGAAUAAACAAGUACAUUGAAUAUAUAUAUAUAUAUACACGUGGACAAAAUUGUUGGUACCCUUCAGUCAAUAAAAGAAAAACUCAAUGGUUACAGAAAAAACUUUAAUCUGACAAAAGUAAUAAUAAAUAAAAAUUCUAUGAAUGUUAACCAAUGAAAGUCAGACAUUGCUUUUCAACCAUGCUUCAACUGAAUUAUUUAAAAAUUAACUCAUGGAACAGGCCUGGACAAAAAUGAUGGUACCCCUAGAAAAGACUGAAAAUAAUGUGACCAAAGGGACAUGUUAAUUCAAGGUGUGUCUACUAAUUAGCAUCACAGGUGUCUACAAUCUUGUAAUCAGUCAGUGAGGUGGUCACUGUGUUGUCUGGUGACAUGGUGUGUACCACACUCAACAUGGACCAGAAAGAGUUGUCUGAGGAGAUUAGAAAGAAAAUUAUAGACAAGCAUGAUAAAGGUAAAGGCUAUAAGACCAUCUCCAAGCAGCUAGAUGUUCCUGUGACUACAGUUGCACAUAUUAUUCAGAAAUUUAAGAUCCAUGAAACUGUAGCCAACCUUCCUGCACGUGGCCGCAGGAGGAAAAAUGAUGACAAAUCAAAGAGGCGGAUAAUCCGAAUGGUACCAAAAGAGCCCAGAAAGACUUCUAAAGAGAUCCAAGGUGAACUCCAUGCUCAAGGAACAUCAGUGUCAGAUCGCACCAUCCGUCGUUGUUUGAGCCAAAGUGAGACGACCAAGGAGGACACCAUUGUUGAAAACAAAUCAUAAAAAAGCUAGACUGGAAAAUGGCAAACUACAUGUUGACAAGCCACAAAGCUUCUGGGAGAAUGUUCUAAGGAAAUGGAACUUUUGCCAAGGCACAUCAGCUCUAUGUUCACAGAAGGAAAAAUAAAGCAUAUCAAGAGAAGAACAUUGUCCCUACUGUGAAACAUGGAGGGGGCUCUGUUAUGUUCUGGGGCUGCUUUGCUGCAUCUGGCACAGGGUGUCUUGAAUCUGUGCAGGGUACAAUGAAAUCUGAAGACUAUCAAGGGAUUCUAGACAGAAAUAUGCUGGCCAGUGUCAGAAAGCUUGGUCUCAGUCGCAGGUUAUGGGUUCUGCAACAGGACAAUGACCAAAAACACACAGCUAAAACACCCAAGAAUGGCUAAGAGGAAAACAUUGGACUAUUCUAAAGUGGCCUUUCUAUGAGCCUCAACCUCAAUCCUAUUGAGCAUCUUUGGAAGGAGCUGAAACAAGCCGUCUGGAAAAGACACCCUUCAAACUGGAAACAACUGGAGUAGUUUGCUCAUGAGGAGUCACCCAAAAUACCUGCUGAGAGGUGCAGAAGUCUCAUUGACAGUUAAAGGAAUCGUCUGAUUGCAGUGAUUUGCUUCAAAAGGUUGUGCAGAAAAAUAUUAAAUUAGGGGUACCAUCAUUUUUGUCCAGGCCUGUUCCAUGAGUUAAUUUUUUUAAAUAAUUCCGUUGAAGCAUGGUUGAAAAUUUUUAUUUAUUAUUACUUUUGUCAGAUUAAAGUUUUUUUCUGUGACCAUUGUGAGUUUUUCUUUCAAUGACCGAAGGGUAAGAACAAUUUUGUAACAAUAGGGGUGAGUGCAACUGGUCAAAAUUCAUUCAGGCAUUCGGCAGCUGAGUGCUUACGCACUGGUAUGAUGGUUGUAGUCUUCAGGCUUGUCGGAAUCAUGGCUUGGGCCAGUGACAGGUAGAAAAUGUCAGUAAAAACCUGUGCCAGUUGUCCACCCCUGCGCUUACCAGCGUCUACUGCCGUCCUGUCCGCCAGGAAAACACUGCGAGCCCGAGCUCAAUGGCACUGCUGGGAAUGUUGUCGUUGAGCCAUGUUUCCAUAAAAAUCAUGACAUUACAUUCUUUAAUCCACUUGUGUGAUGAGCAGCAGUUUAUCCAUUAUUGCAUUUGUGUAUAAUAUGCAAACUGUGUUUACAGACAAUGAUUUGCGGAGGUGUUAAUGAGGCCAUGCAGUGAUUUCCAUCAAGAAUCAUCACUGUUUUAAAUGCAGUGUCCCCUGAAGGAUUUUCACCCUUGUGGGCAGAAAUUUUAUCAGAUUCUCAGCACCAUUCAAUGAUAUGUUCUGAAAAUUAUAAGAUUUUCAAAGUGGUCGCAAUUUGAUGUUGAGGAACAUUAUUCUGAAAUUGUUUUACAGUUUGUAGACAGUCUUUUAUAGAUUGGUGAAGCUCCACCGCUCUUUAAUACUGAGACAAUCUGCUUCUCUGAUUUACACUAUUUAUACUCAACAUCUCACUGACCUGCUGCCCAUUAACCUCAUUACUUACUAAAUGUUUCCAACUGUUUCAUUUGAAUAACUUUUACAUUUUUUACACUUUUGUUGCCCCGUCACAACUUUUUUUGAGACUUGUUGCGACAAAAAAUUAAAAUCCAUUUUUUUUUCUUAAAAAAGGUGUAUAUGAGAUACUAAAAUGGUUGCUGAAAUGUGAGGGGUGUAUUUACUUUUGUGAGAUAGUGUGUGUGUGUGUGUGUGUGUGUGUGUGUGUGUGUGUGUAAAUAUAGUAUAUAUAGUACUUACUGAUUUUUGAAUUUGGAAGGAUUUGUUGUAAGUGGCCUUUUAUGGUUUUGCUUUUUGUUGCUUUAUGCUUUUAUUGAUUCUGUGAGACAGCGCUUAUAUUAAGACUUUUAUGUUGUGUUAAUAAAAAAAAA